AUAAGCAAGUGAAUACAAAACAAAAUUUAAGUAUCAAGUAAAGCAAAAGCGACACAUUAAAACAAAAUCAAAGCUUGCCAUUUAAAUUAGUGUUGUGUACAAUGAAGUGAAACUAUAUAAUCAUUCACGCAAAUGGAACAUACAACGAAGGAUCGUUUAAUGAGUUAAAUUUAAAGCAGUUUCGUUGUGCUGGACAACAACAACAAUAAGAAGMAAAAUAAUAAUAAUAAUAAAACAACGACACACACCCGAAACCAGGAACAACGAGUGCUAAAAUAGAACUUGCAAAGCUACAGUUAAACGGGAGGCGCACCAAAACGGAAGCGUCGACUUGGUAGAAGUAGAGGCAAAAGAAAGAGAGACAAUACACGCACCGUUAUGUUUGUAAUGGCUAACAAUGUAAUGUGGCACAGUGUUGGAAAUCGUUUAUGCAAUUUGAAUGCGCGCCACCCACAAUUAGCAACCGCAAGCAGCGGUCAGGCAAACACCGCCGAAAAGAGCAUUUCUGGUUAUGCAUUAGGCCCCCAUAGGUUUGGGGGCACCAUCACCAAUAGAAGCAGCAGCAAUUGCAGCAGCAGCAGCAGCAAUAGGAACUGCAGUGCAACGCGACUAAAGUCACAAAAUACAAAAAUAUUAAAGCAACAGCAGCAGCAACAACAUCAUCGGCGGCCGCAGCGGGAAAAGCUUCUAGUGAAUAAGAUGUCUAGUGAGGCAGUGUUGUGAAAUGCCAAAAGUUAAUACACAGCGGAAACAGCAGCAGCAAAAAGAAAAGCAACAAAAACUUAGCACCAGUUAAAAGCAGCCUCCCCCGCUCCAUCUAACUUAGGUUUAAACCACUUCUAUAAAUAUAGAAACAAAAAAGAGAUAUAUAUUAAAAAAAAAAUAUUAUUUUGUGAGCAAUUGAACUUCGUAAAAAUGCCCAUGUCCACGCAUGAUACGGUCUUCGUGGAGCCUGUCGUUGGCAGCAGCAGCAGCAGCGGCAACAAUAGCAGCAGCAGUACCAGUAAUAGCAGCGCCACCACACGAAUCGGGAUCAGUGGGACACAGCAGCAGCAUCCGCCACACAUUGUGAUUGAUGGCAGCAGCUUGUCGACGCAGGCACAGCUGAAGCGGAUUAUGCAGCGGCGCAUGUCCAUUCAGGCGCAGCCCGCCCAGAAGUACGCGGUGCGUACGACAACAGCGCAACAGCAACAGCAGCAACAUUUGCCCCAGCAACAGCAGCAGCAGCAACAUGAAUUGCUCAAUCCGCAGAUCUACAAAAUUGUCACGACCGAUGGCAGCACCAGCAACGUCAUCAUCGACACCUCCGCUGCAACACCGCCGCAUAACUCGAAGCUGUUGCUCAGUAAUCUCACGGUGCUGUCCAAACAGGCGCCCGCCCUGUCCUCCCAGUCACAACACCAACAGCAGCAGCAGCUCAGCUAUGUGAAUGCUAAGAAUCUGCCGUAUGUGACGGCAACGCCYGCGCUCAAGCAGCAGCAGCAGCAAAAGUUUGGCACAAUUGGCGCCUACAAAGCUGUGAAUGCCAACGCCAAUGGCAAGCAGCUACAGGGGUACGCGCAGGCGACGCAGCAGGGUAGCGGCACGCCGGUCAUGCAGAAGGUAACGCUGGGCUCGCGGGUUGUGACGCGACUCCAGUCGUAUGUGCCGCCCCAGCAGCAACAGCAACAGCAGCAGCAGCAGCCGCCGCAGAUCAUUGUGCAGUCAGCGUCAGCGGCGCAGCAGAAAUACGUUAGCCGGCCGGCGAUAACGACAACGGCGGCGGCUCUGCUCAAGAAGGCCAAUCAGAAAAUAACAGUCAAGAGUGUUGGCAACAUGUUGCAACAGCAGCAGCAGCAACAACAGCAGCAGCAGCAACAUCAGCAGCAACAACAGCAGCAGCAGCAACAGUUGAAGGCAUUCAUCUCCUCACAGCAGGCAACACACAAGACAGCCGUUAAACCCAAAUUCGUCAAGCAGUACAGCAGCGCGUCCGGCGGCCUAUCCAUUGCUGCGGUGCCACAGCAGCAGCAACAGCAGCAGCAGCAGCAGAAUGCCUAUGGCAAGCAGCACCAACAGUUGACGCCCAAUAAGCUGAACAAACUGACUGCUAGCAGCAACACAAAAUAUGUAUUGCAACAGCAACCGCUGCAACAGUUAGCCGCCAACUUGCCGCAAGGCACGCAGCUGCAGCAGAAGACCACAACGACGGCUGGGGGCGGCAGCGGCGGUUAUAUGUUGCAGCAGUCGACGGCGGGAGCCAUCAAGUUUGUCAACUCACACGGCACCGUCAUCCAGCAGCAUCCGCCCCAGGGCCAGGUCAAGCGCAUUCACUACAACAGCAGCAGCAGCGACAGCAGCACCGACCACCACCAGCAGCAGCAGCAGCAACAUCAUCAAUCCUCCCUGAUCACAGACGAUGUGAUGAUUGUGAAUGGCACGCAGAUGACAGAUGAGCUCUCGGCGCGCAUUCUGCAGAGCAUGGCACAAAAGUCCUUUAGCCAGCAGCAGCAGCGCUUUCAGCAGCAGACAACACCAACAUCAACACCAACAACAGCAGCGGCAGCAGCAGCAGCAGCAGCAGCAAAUGCAAGCAUGCCACCGCCACAGCCAACGUCGACACCCACGCAAAUUAUAUACGGAGGAAAUAGCAGCGGUAACAGCAGCAGCAACAGCAACAACAACAGCAGCAGCGGUAGCAAUAGCAACAACAACAGCAACAACACUGUAACAGCAACGUCAAACAAUCUGCUGUUGAGCCACUAUCAAGCUGCAGCAGCAGCAGCAGCCGGCAUGUCGCCCAGCUCGUCGUCAACAGCAACAUUGACGCCAGCCUCAUCGCCAUCACCCUCGCCAGCCACGUCAUCGCCAGCAUCUGGCUCGUAUCUGACGGUGACUUCCUCCAGCGCGCCCUCGGUGAGCAUCUCUUCGCAUGGCUUUGCCAGCGGCAGUGCCGCAAUGUCCUCCUACAUGUCGGCGACGGCGGCGCGCCGUCAGUCGGUCAGUGCGCCCACCAGCCGAGCAACGUCGCUCGAGCGCAAGCAAAUCCAGCAGCAGCAACAGCACCUGCUCCACGAGGCUGUCACAGCAGCAGCAGCAAACAUGCGCAAACCGCCGCCCACUGUGGUCGAGUAUUACAAGCACAGCAGCAACAGCUUAAAUAAUUUAAACAGUGGACUGCGCAGUAGCAACUCCAGCACGAGCUUAAAUACAGCGGCGACAGCGUUGGGCUCAGCAGCGAGUCCACACUUGACGCCUGUGCACGUGGAGACAGCGACGCUUUUGAUGAAACCUCAGCAGCAGCAGCAACAACAACAACAACAACAGCAGCAGCAGCCACAACAACUGAACGCAAACGAGGAGGAACUGUACAUAGAGGAAGUGCGUCCAGUGCCUGUGCACACUCAAGACCUGCGUUUGCAGCAAUUGCACGCCAUAAUGCAGGAUCACACGUACGCCUCUCAGCAGCAGCAGCAACAACAACAGCAGCAGCAGCAGCAGCAGUUGGCGACCGGUGGAGCCACAGCCGCACAGCAAAUGCAGCAGCAGCAGCAGCCACAGCAGUGGUCCCUUGGCGGCAUUGGUGUCACUGUCAGCGGCCCCGCAACGACUCCGGGGGGCUUCAACAGUUUCUAUGGACAACAGAUGGGCCGCCAUGUGCCGCAUGAUGAUGACGCCCAGUCGGCUAUAAGCGGGAGCUCACGUCUGGCCAGCGCCGAUAUUGAUCCAGGCGAGGAGACGGAAACAGCGCCCGAGGCAGAAGCUGAGGAUGAUUCGGUUACCCGCUGCAUCUGUGAGCUAACCCAUGACGAUGGUUACAUGAUCUGCUGCGACAAGUGCUCCGCCUGGCAGCACGUGGACUGCAUGGGCAUCGAUCGCCUCAACAUACCCGAGGAGUAUCAGUGCGAGCUGUGCCAGCCGCGACCCGUGGACAAGGCCAGGGCACGUGCGCUGCAGCGCCAAAAGCGUCGAGAGCAUAUGCUGCUCGUGGCUACACAAGCGGCAAGUGGUGCGCCGACUGCAACGGGAACUACGGCAGCCGCUGUUGGCGCUUCAGCGGCAGCAUCAGCAGCCAAUUCAAUGGGCGGAGCAGCGACAGCGGCAGGCUCCCUGCUUUACAACAGCCAAGAGYUGCCGCAGCAGCAGCAGCAACAACAACAACAGCAGCAUCAGCAGCAGCAACAACGGCUCGGAGCCGGCCCGAAUGGUGGCUUCGGCCCAGCUGCUGGUGGCAUAACCAAGAAAUCAAAGAAAACCAAAGAUGGCGCAGCCGGCACGCUGAAGAAGAGCAAGAAGAGCGGCGACAAGCUGAAUGCCAGUGGCGGGUCAGCCGGCGGCACUGGAAGCUCCAAGUCGACAAAGAAGAGCAGCAAGCGCAAGAGCAAAUCUGGUGGCGAUGGCGCCGGGGGCAGCGGUCCUGCCUUGACUGCCGCCGAGAAGCAUGCUGCCAACUUGCGUCAGUGGAUUGAGCACUAUGAGUACGCCGUAACGAAUCAUUAUUCGCCCGAGUUGCGUGCCCGUCUGCAUGCCAUACAGAAGCAGCCCAGCCUGUUGCAAAGCAUACAGAAUACGGAGAAUAAGGCGCUGCGUCUGAUUGCUGGCGGCUGUGCCUCGGAGCUGGACAAGCGCGCCCAGCUGAUACCGUAUGCGGGCGCCAAGGUGUUGAUCAGCAGCGUGGAUCUGGCGCCGCAUUCGCCCAUCCAUGAGCUGCGCGGCAAGUACAUGCUGACCACGCAGUUUCGCACGCAGAAUCCCACCGUGAACAUGAAUACGCCGCCGCCGAGCAACUAUCUGAACAGCUUCAAGGUGCACAAGACGCCCGGACAGUUUGUGUUCUUCUAUCAGCUGCCCGGCGUGGAGGCGCCCAUGCAAACGCAUCAACAGCAGGCGAACCACCAGCCGCCGCCACCGUUGCCCGCCUAUCUCAAGGGACCCGAGGUGUGCGUCGAUACGCGAACCUAUGGCAACGACGCCCGCUUCGUGCGUCGCUCGUGCCGGCCCAACGCCGAGCUGCAGCACUACUUCGAGAAGGGCACACUGCAUCUGUAUAUUGUGGCGCUGACGCACAUUCGAGCCCAGACGGAGAUCACGGUGCGGCACGAGCCGCACGACCUGGCAGCUGUGGAGCAGAAGAAGUCCCACUCGGCGGUCAUACAGCCGACGAGCACACGGUGCGCCUGUGAUCUGGGCAGUGAUUGCCUGUUCGCCCUGCCCCUGGCUGUGCAACAGCAGCUGCAGGCGCCGCCCGCUCAGCCGCGCAGCAGUCAUCGCAACAAGGCCGCCGCUGCAGCCGCGGCAGCAGCAACGGCUGCCAACAGCGCCGCAGCGAUACAGCUGACCAUGGGCAUGGGCAGCACAGUGGCAGCGGCAGCAGCAGCAGCAGCGGCAACKGCACGCAAUCGCUCCACCUCCUCCAGUGGCGAGAGCAGCAGCCACAUGGGCCUCAACAGUCCGCAGCUGAGCCAGUUGAAUUUGGGCUUUAAGCCCAGUCCGGCUGCCACGAUGAGUACGAUGGGCAACGGCGUGACAGCGGUGGCAACUGCUGCUGCAAUGCUCUGUAACAGCAACAGCAACAGCGGCAACAGCAACAACUCGUGCUCCGUUUCCAUGUCCAGUGUGCUGCACGACUCGGGCAUUUGUACAUCGUCGUCAUCGCCAUCGGUGUCGAUUCCAUCGCCUACGCCCACGCAAUUGCAGUCGCCCACGUUGCAGCAGCAGCAGCAACCGGCGCAGCAGCAGACAUCGCUGCUGCAUCGCAGUCCAACACAGCAGCAACAGCAAAUACUCGCUGCAUUGCCGACACCUAUGUUGCUGUCGCCACAGCUGCUGCAGAAGCCGACACAGCAGCAGCAACCAUCGCUGUUGCAAAACCAGCAGCAGCAGCAACAGCAGCAACAGGAGCCGCUGGCGGUAAUUGCAGCUGCAGCAGCGGCACAGCGACCGAUGGCUACUUUCUAUUUGCAGCCACAGUCUCCGCACCAGCCACAGUCACAACAGCAACAGCAACAGCAAAUCAAUGUGCAGCGACAACAACAAGAACAGCAGCCGCAGCAGCAGCAACAACAGCAGCAGCAGCAGCAGCAAUACGCACAGCAGCAGCAACAGCUGGCUGAUGAGGCACGCAUGGCGGUUAGCGCAUUACAAACUUUACAUGCCACGCCCACAGCGCACAUGGCGACGCCCAUAAAAAUUACAACAACACAGCCGCUUAAGCAACAGCAGUCGCAGCAGCAGCAACAGCAGCAACAGCAACAUCAACAACUACAGCAAUUCCAAUUGCAACAGUCACAGCAACAACAGCAACAGCCAUCACCCCAGCAGCAAGCACAGAUUUAUCAGGCAUCAGUGUCGCCCACCAAAACGCCUUCAAAAGCGAACUCACAGCUCAACAACAACUGCAGCAACAGCAACAAUAAUAAUAACAACAAUAACAACAACAAUAGCAUCAAUUUAACUCCAACAACACGCAAAACGCCUGCAAAAGCAGCAGCAACAGCAACAACAAUUAAUAGCUCCGCCGUACGAGAGGCCAAGGUGGAGGAAUCGUCAACAGCUGCCAGCACGCCGGCAACAUCUACGCCCGCUGCCAAAAAGGACAAGCCAAAAUCUCGCGAGGAACGCAAGUUGGAAGCCAUUCUGCGUGCCAUCGACAAAAUGGAGAAGCAGGAGGCGCGCGGCAAGAAGGCCAGCGGCGGUGCAGCGGCGGGCGCAGAGAGUCGCCAAGUGGGUGGCAAGCAGCGCAUGAGCAAUUCGCCAGCAUCGCCGCGCAAACGCAAUGCCAGCAGCAAUUCCAUGAGUGAGUCGGCCGACGGCAGCUCUCUGAACUUGGGCACGCCCACYAGCACCAACAACAACAACAAUAACAGCAGCAAAGCUGGCGCAGCAAGGCGCAACAAAAAGAAGCGCAAAGUGAGUCGCAGCUACAACAACCACAACAACAACAACAGCAAGCGCAGAAAGAGUCUAAGUGAAUCGGAUGCUGAAUCGCAUACCGAAUCGGAGCUGGCUUCACCCGCUCUACAGAAUCAAAAUCUGAAUCUGAAUCAGCAUCAGAAUAUAAUGCAGCACAACAACAACAACAACAGCGUGCAACAGCAGCAGCAGCAGCAACAACAACAAUCUACAGAUCAGGCUGCGGGCUUGCUGCUGGCAUUGGCGCACAACAACUGCGAGCCCUUCAAGCCGCCAGCAGAAACGUCUGCGGUCAGCAGCGCCUGUUUGCUAAUUGAGGCAGCAAUGGGUCCGCUAGAGCAGCAGCCAGAGCAGCAGCAAUCGUUGCAAUCGCCAUCCGUUGGGGAGUUCAAGUAUCCGCCCAGUGGCGCCAAGACAAAGAAGUCGCUCAUGUCCAGCUGGUUUCAGUCGGAGCAAUGCGAGCAACAAUCUGGACUGGACAGUCUAGUCCAAGCAGCCAUGAGCGAAAUAAAUGGCUCCAGGGAGCAGCUGCAACAGCAACAGCAGCAGCAACAGCAACAGCAACAGAUGCAGCAAAUUCCCGCACAGCAAUCGCAGCAACUGCAAAUCGAUGCUCCAGCGUUGCUCAAAGUGGAGCAGUUCAUACAUCAAGUGGAGGCCACUGAGCGCUCGCAGAUGCCUUCCGUGCAGAACAAUUCGUCGGUGAAGAAGCGUUGGCUGCGCCAGGCCAUUAGCGAAGAGACAACCGAUGAGAAUCAGCCCCAGGCUACGGUGACGCCCACGCCCAGCAUAUCGCCGCUGCAGCACCAGCAACAACAGCUGCAGCAGCAGACGCCGCCUUUGCUCUCGAACGGCUUCAGCACGCCGUUGAAGAAGCGUCGUCUGGUGGUCGUCAGCAAUGGUGGGUUGGAGGCGACGGCAAGUGAGGAGCCGCACAUCGACGUCAUUGGCAGCGCCGGCGAGGAGGAGCACAAAGUGGAGCAGUUGGAGCAGGCACAGACGGAAGUGCUGAAAGUCGAGACGCAUCAGCACUUCGAGCAGGAUGAUGAUGUGGACAUCUUGCGGUCGCCCAGUCCCGGUGCACAGCAAAUCGUUGCCGAAGACAAUCUGGUCAAGAUUGAGCCGGAGGACACAAGUGCCGCAGCGGAGGAUGUCAAGAUUGAUGUGGAGCGUGAGGAGAGUCAAGCGUGUGACAAGUUUGAAGAGCUGAUCAAUGUUAAGCGCGAGAAGGAGGAACAGCAGCAACAGCAGCAACAGCAACAGCAGCAACAGCAGCAGCAGCAAGAGCAACAACAAGCCAUCGCCAAGGUGGAGCCUUUGCCAGAAGAGAAGCAGCAGGUGACUAAAGUAGAGCCCAAGGCGGAAAUUAAGCCGGAGCCAACAGCUAAAGUGGACCCACUGCCUGAGCCCAAGCCAGGUGAAUCGUUGCUGCGCACAGCAGCAAUGACUGCAAUGCCAGCAACAGCAACAACAGCCAUUGCAACGGCGACUGUGGUUGAGUCCAAGGCGACUGCCAAACCGCGCGCUGCAGCUGUGAAGGAUGAGGAUGAACCGCUUAAAAAGAAGCCCAAGUUGGAAACAAACUCAACAGCAGCAACAACAACAGCAGUAGCAGCUACAGCUGCAACCACAACAGCUGCAACAGUUGCUGCGGUAGCAACGUCAACCCCAACGGCGACGACAACAACAACAGCAACGGCAAUUGCUACGCCUGCAGCCAGCAGCAAAAACCUAACCGAGCUGGACAUACAGGAGCGUCUCUUAUCCUUCCAUGCUGAGAACAUAUCCUAUUUGCAGUCGCGCAAUAAGAAGGCAACUAGCAGCUGCUCCGGCCAGAGCAACAACAACAACAACAACAACAGCAGCAGCAGCAGCAAUAAUAUUGCAGCCGGCGUUGACUUGCCCACCAAAAAGUCCAGCAAGGUGAAGGAUGAGAAGCGUGAGCGCGACAAGCAGAUCAAGAAGUCGAAAAAGGACAAGAAGAAGUCAAAGGAGAAAGAUAAACUGAAGGCGGCAGCUAUUGCAGCAGCCUUGGCCGUUGCUGCGCCUGAGGCCAAAAAGAAGCAGCCCAAAGAGUCGAAGCAGCAAUUCCAGCUGCCAGCAGCUGUAGCAGCAACAACACCCACACCUGCAACACUCACACCUGUCACAGCGGCAGCAAUAACAGCAACAACGAAUGGCAAGACCAAACACAACAGCAACGUGCUCGAGCAACAGCAGCAGCAGCAGCGACGUCGCACCAUGUCAAUGUGUGUUACAGCAGGCACGCCUGCAACGCCCACAGUGCCAACAACUCCAGUACUAGGAGCCACAAAGAAGCGUCAGACCAACUUUGAGCAGGAGCUCACGAAGCCCAACAGCCAAAUACUCAGCAGCAGUCUAUUGCUCAAUACCAGCAAAACCCCGCAGCAGCAUCAGCAAACGGCAGCAGCAACAGCAGCAGCGGCGAUUGUUGCGCCAACAACAGCACAGCAGCAGCAUCGCAAGGAGAACAAUCAUCAUCAUCAUCACCAUCAUCACCACCAUCAGCCGCAGCAGCAGCAACAGCAGCAGGAGGCAACCGGUUCUAUGAGCUUGGCAGCGGCCAUCGCCAGCGGUAAAUUGACGCCGAUCAGUCGACGGCGCGAAUCUAUGUGCGGCAGCAGGCAGCAGGCGCUCAUUGCGGCCGCUAUGAAAAAGGAUAAGAAGGAAAAGAAGAAGAGCAAGAAAAAGGAUCGUGAGAAGAAGCAAAAGGAGAAGGAGAAAGGCAAGCAAAAGGAGAAAGACAAGGACAAGGACAAGGAGACGACAAAGGCUAAGGCCAAUAAUCAACAGAAGCAACAGCAGACGACUGCAACAGCUGCAAAUGCAAUGGCCAAUAAGACAGCAUUAGCUAAGCCGGCCUUAACAAAGCCAGUUACAGCCACGCCCACGCCCACGCCCCCUGUUCAUUCAGCGCCCAUAUCAGCUGCACCGAUACCUGUGCUAAUCACGCAACCAACAUUGUCAACGCCACCAACAGCAAUGCCAACAGCAGCAAUGUCAGUGCCACCUGUCGGUGCUCCCCUGCCGCAGCUGCCCUUCUACAACACCAUCUAUGGCAAGUUGCAGGAGCCGCCAGUGAUGCCGGCCAUUGCAUCGUUGGUGUCCUCGCCGCUGGCCAAAAUGAGCAGCAGCAGCAGCAUCCCUAGUUUGGCCGAGUACUUGGAGGCAACCAAAUCGAAGGCGGCGGCCGCAGCAGCUACAGCGACAGCCCAAACAGUCGUUGCUGUUCCACCAACAGCCGCAGCCGCUACAGCAUCAAUUGCCAUGGCAGCUAGCAAUGGGCUGGCUACAGCACUGGAGAGCAUGCCGCCGCCAUCGACAACGCCGCUCAAGCUCUACACGCGCACUGCCAGCCAUGAUCCCCGCUUAAAUCCCAUGCUGACCGUGCCGGAGCCAGCGCCGAUGCCGAAACGCAAGCUGUCGAUUAGCGAAUAUCGCAUGCGGCAUCGCCCCUCGGUCGACACUGCGCCCACAACUCCGACGACGCCGACAACGCCAACGGAGCGCUGCUUUGCCAAGCCGCAGACCAUUAACAAAUGCUCGCUGCAGUCGCCAGAACGCUACCAGGCGAUGCGGGAUCGACGCAAUUCCAUCAGCGUCCAUCAGAAUCAGAACAACGGCAGCAGCAGCAGCGGCGGCGACAAGAAUCAUCUCUACCAGCAACAGCAGCAGCAACAGCAAUCCUCCUCGACGCUCAAGGGCAACCCGAAGAACUCCGUGCUGAAUUCAGCAGCGGCAACGCUGAGCACGGUCAACAGCAUCCUGAGCACUGCUCACAAGCUGCACAUGUUCGAUGACAAGCCCAAGGGUGGCCACUUCAAUGCGGCACCCACGUUGCUGGAGCAGCAGCAGGAGAAGAUGAGCGAGCGCUCGCGUUGUCUGCAGCGCACAAUUUCCUGUGAUUCGCGUGUCAUUGAGCGCCUGGGCGCCGGUGCAACAGCUGGUGUCAGUGCCAGCCUAGUGGACAAAGUGACUGGAGCGAGUGGUAGGCGUGAUGCAACAUAGAGGCUAUGAACAGGCAUUAAAUCAAAACGAUGAAAGCAGCAGAUCCUUCGGAUAAACCGAAAAUCUAACCUCAACUCGAAAUAGCAAUCAAAAUCUGGAUAUUGAAAACAAUCCCUGGCGUAUCAAAUGAUCUAUAUAUAGAUAUAUAAAUCUAUAUAUGUAAAUCAUAUAUAUGCUACGCGGCUCUCCUUAUUUAAACAAAUGUACAGCAAAUCCGGACAUAGAAAUACAAAGGCAGUCACAGAGAAAUUGAAACCUUAUUAUUUGUGUUGUAAACGCUAUAACUCGCUAUAAUUAAUACUACUUAAAAAU